AUGAUUGAAGCUGGAUUCUUCAAUUGUAAUGUCGGCGAUCGUGUCAUAUGUUUGUAUUGUAAUAUUAUUUGUCAACAAUGGACACCAUACACAGAUGAUCCAUGUGAUGUACACAAAAUGCUUUCUCCUCAAUGUCCAUAUGUCGUUGCAAAGCUAGCAUGUUCUCAAACAUCAUCAAUUCCGAUUAUUAAUGAAAAUUUACCGAGAGAUAAUUCUGCAAUUUCUGAUAAUAAUACUUCUAUUCGAUGUCAACAAAUUGUUAAUGUGGCCGUUUCAAAUACUUUCUAUCGCGAAGUACCAAAACGAUAUGAAUCAUUUAAAACAUGGUCAAAUGAAAAUUCACCGUCUAUCGAUGAUUUAGUCAAGGCAGGCUUUUUUUAUACUGGUACUCGAACUAUUGUAUCAUGCUUUUAUUGCAAUGGAUCAUUGCAAAAUUGGAGUGCAAACGAUAAUCCAAUAAUUGAACAUGCUCGAUGGUUUCCUCAUUGUGCAUACAUUAAACAAUUAUGUGGAGAUAAACUAUAUAGAAAUAUUCAAGAGUCAAAUCGAUGUCAAAAAGAACGUCACGAGAGAAAUGUAUCAAGUAACAAAUGUGAAACACGUGUUAACAGCUCAUUCAAUGGACCACUGAAUAUACAAAAUGAGGGCAUUUUGCCUCGAUUGGUAGCAGCUCGACUGGACUUGCCAAUUACACAACGUUUACUAAAAGAAAAUUUCAAACUAUCAAUUAUAAAACGCUGCUGGGAAGAUCAACUUCAAAUAAAAGAAGGUUUUUCCCAUGAACAAACAGCACCGGAACAAAUACUGGUAAACUCAUCGAACAAUACUGAUGUUGAAAUGUCGAAAUCCUCAGAAUCCAUUACAUCCGAAACAGCUGGAGAAAGUUCGCUAGGAAGUGUGAAUAAGAAGAUGAAUAUGGAAUGGAAAGGUGCAGAUGUUUGUGCACAAAAAGGAGACAAUAAUUCAUCACCAUUCAAUUCUUGUAGUUUAUGUUUAACAGAAGAAAAAUGCCUGGGUUGUAUACCAUGUGGUCAUGUAGCUACAUGUGUUCCUUGUGGACAUUCGCUUCGAGCAUGUCCUAUAUGCCGCUCAGAAAUUAAGGCUUUUGUCCGCUUGUAUCUCUGACAUUCUCGCUAAUGAACUAGUUCUUUAUUUUGAACAAAGAAAUAUUUUUUUGAAGCUUUUGCACUUUUAAUAAACUACAACACACUAUCAUGUGAGAUUUGUAUCAUAUAUAUCCUACUCGAAUACUAUACAUGAAAAACUGUCGAUAUCUUUUUUUUCGAAAAUAAACAUGAAGAACACAACUAUGUCUGUAUUUCAGGCAGGUUUAGAACAAACCAAUAAUAUUUAUAAGGCAAACUUUAAUUAAUAAUGGAUAGUUUUUCGUGUCUUUAGCAGCAACUCGACGUAUUUCUUAUUAUCAACAUCAAAUGACGGAGAAAGAUCAUCCAAACACGAAAAAACAAAAAUAAUUCAUGAAAAUUGUUUAUUAGAAAAGUUUGAUGAAGUAGAAACGCUGAAAGAAAUAUGAAAACGAACAUUUUCACAUUGGCCACAUCGAACAUCACCGUCAAGUGAACAAAUGAUUGAAGCUGGAUUCUUCAAUUGUAAUGUCGGCGAUCGUGUCAUAUGUUUGUAUUGUAAUAUUAUUUGUCAACAAUGGACACCA